AUGAUCAUGAGCAGCAUGGCAUACCCUAGGGCUGAUCCCACACCAUUCACCCUCGAUGACGAAGAUCGCAUGUAUCCAAUGCAGCGCACCAACGAGUCCUUCCCCGCUCCCAAGGGUCCCGAUCCUUUGUCCAGCAACUGGAACUAUGACAGCGCUAUCGAUCUCUUCUCUCUCAACACCAUGUUGCCUGAGCCGUUCCCCAUGGAGAUGCCCAGUGAUAUGAUGGGCAUGAACCCCAAGGAUUUCCCUACCGACUUCUUCGCUCCUCCCCCCGAUAUCAGCGGCUUCACCAUCUCCAACCACUCCGGUGAGGAUUGUGCUUCGAUGUCUUCGGAUCUUGAAAGUGAUGACCAGUCCUGGUCCCCCACUUACGUUGCUCCCGCCGACCUGCCCAAGUCUAUCACCACCUCGUCGAGACCUACCACUCGUCGCAGGACCAACGCUCAGCAAAAGCCCCAGAUCACGAAUCCUCGCUGGUCCUCCAGCCCCGAAAUCACCCCCCAAGAGUACUCGGCUCCUCUCGUCACCUCUCCGCAACCUGCUCCUGCCUCUCCCCCCGCUUCCAACCGCAAGAUGACUCGCAGCCUCUCCGGAGACUCGCAAUCAAGCACGGGUCCGGCUACCACGACGGGCCGCAACGCUGCCAAGCGAGCCGCCCACAACAUCAUUGAGAAGCGGUACCGCACAAACAUGAACGCCAAGUUCGUAUCCCUCGAGAAGGCCAUGUGCGGUGGAGUCCAGAAGUCCACAAAGGGCGGAUCCGCCUCGUUAAAGAAGUCCGAGAUCCUGACCAAUGCAAUCGCCUACAUGCAUGAGUUACAGGAAGAGAAUAAAGCCAUGCAGAAGGAAUUGGCUCUGUAUAAACAAGGCCUCGUCCCCAAUGGGAUUUGGAGGCCUACCAAGUAA